CUUCCUGAUCCCUCAACACUGCUCAAAUGUGUGGAGUGACACACAGAGGAUAACCCGUCAUAUGGAGGAGAUCUAACAGAGGUGCAGGGAAGUCUUCUCCUACAGCAAAGAUAAUUGACCAACUGCUGGUGUAAAGAUAUGUUCCCGUGGCCAUAUCUGACGCUGUUCCUGCUCAUUGCUGCUCAAGUUAACAAAGCUCAGCAAUGCGCGGAAUUCACCGACCUUAACCUUGGUCAUGCCUUCCUUGGCACCAGCAUCAAAGUUAGGUUGUUGCUGUACACCAGGGAGAACAGCACCUGUGGGACACUCCUGUCCCACAGCAACCUCUCCGCAUGUCCACACUUCAAUUUGUCCCGCCCCACCACCUUCAUCAUACAUGGGUACCGGCCCACGGGCUCUCCCCCGGUGUGGGUGCAUGACCUCACGGAUCUGCUGCUGGCCAGGAAGGACAUUAAUGUCAUAGUCGUGGACUGGAACCACGGCGCUACCAAUGUGAACUAUUUAAAGGUCGUGGAAAACACAAAGAAGGCUGGAGCCAACAUCACUGCUUUUAUCGAAAAGAUGCAGGAACAUGGCGGCUCUCCGAGCUCCAUCCACAUGAUUGGAGUCAGCCUGGGAGCUCACAUAUCAGGCUUUGUUGGAGCGAACUUCAAUGGUUCAAUUGGGAGAAUUUCCGCUCUGGAUCCUGCCGGGCCUCAGUUCACCGGAACUGGUCCUGAGGAUCGCCUGGACCCAACUGAUGCUGAGUUUGUGGAUGUCCUGCACACAGAUAUGGACGCUCUGGGCUACAGGGAGCCGCUGGGUCACAUUGAUUUCUAUGCAAAUGGUGGAGCAGACCAACCUGGCUGCCCAAAGACCAUAUUUUCUGGUACGUCUUAUUUUAAAUGUGACCACCAGAGGUCCGUGCGGCUCUACCUGGGCUCUUUGAAUCACACGUGUGCCAGCAGGGCCUUCCCCUGCGGCUCCAACACUGACUUUCUGGAUGGGAAAUGUUUGAGCUGUGACCAGUUUGGUGCUGCUGGGUGUCCUGUCUUUGGAUAUGACGUCACACAGUGGAAACGCAUCCUGCUGAAGCUCGGCCAAACGAAGACCUUCUUCACGACAAAUGCAGAGUCUCCAUACUGCAUUACAGGCUACCAAGUGGAUGUGAUGAUAUGGAACAUGGAGCCCCGUCAGGGAUACAUAACCAUUAAACUUCAUUACAAUGGUACAGAAGCAGUGGCAAACAUUGAUCACAAAUCAUCAGAGUUCAAGAAAAACAAAGAGACAAGGUUGUUUGCCCAGUUUGACAAAGACGUGGCAAAGGUUGAAAAGGUGUCGGUGAAAUUCUCCACUGGGAAACCAUUCCAGCCCAAAUAUAAACUGCGAAUUCUCCGAAUCCGUCUCACACAUCUGGAACUCCAGGCGACAGCUCUGUGUCGAUAUGACGUCAUCCUGGAGGAGAACAGUGAGGUCACCUUCAGACCGAUUCCCUGUGAAGAAUCCAACUUCUGAGGCAAAAUCAGACCCAAACAUCUAAAGAUGAUAAGACUGCAUGCAAUGUAGAAAAUAUAUACAUAUAUACUGUAAAAAUAUGACAUAUUUUUUAAAUAUUUCACGUAUUUAUUUGUGUAAAUAAAUAUCACACAUUAUUUUUAAUACAUUUAAAGAAACCUCAGGUCCACAAUAUCCACCUGCAGCAUCAUUUAUCAAUUCAAAUGCUUCCCACACAUUAAAAGCUGAUAAAUGAA